AUGCAGGAUGCCGACUACACGCCACACGCGUCGGUCGUGAUGCCCCAAAUGCCCAUACCUGAGACCGGUCCCAGCGGGGGCUCCAUGCUCCCGCCCAACGCCGACAGCAUCGUCAUCAAGAACCAUUUCCCCGUUGCCCGCAUCAAGCGCAUCAUGCAGGCCGACGACGAUGUCGGCAAAGUUGCGCAGGUCACCCCGGUAGUCGUAUCAAAGGCACUUGAGCUCUUCAUGAUCUCCCUCGUCACCAAAGCCGCCGCCGAAGCCAAGCAACGCAACUCGAAACGCGUCGGCGCCGUCCACCUCAAGCAAGCCAUCGUCAGGAACGAGCAGUUUGACUUCCUCAACGACAUCGUGUCCAAGGUCGCCGAUGCGCCUGAGAAGAACGAGUCUGAUGCCAUGGACGAAGGCAAGAAGAAGAAGGCGCCACGUGGGAGAAGAAAGAAGGCUGAUGACGACGACGACUUUUGA